AAUAUUGAAGAUGAAACAAACCUUAGAAGAGUCCGAACCAAAUUCUCCUACAAUGGCAGAGUAAAGACCUUGAUUAAUGACUAAUUCAUAGGCAUGAUAAUCAUAAAGAGGAAAUGGAGAAAGUGAUUACUGCCUUUGAGCUGGAAAACAAGAUGAGAGACGCUGUUAAAAUCUUAGUUGAACCAUUUCUACAAAGAGAGACUUAUCUUUGUAACGAAGUGGAGCUACUCAAAAUCAAAAUUGAGAAGCAUGAUGCUAAGGUAAUAGAAAUGGAGAGUUUCUCUGAUCGAAUUCGAUACCUGGAACACAUGAACGCAGGCACUCAGAAAAAAUUUCAAACUAUAGACGAUACUCUUACCACUCAAAAUGGUAUUAACAAUGAGAGAUUUGAGGACCAAUAUGGGCAAAACAAGGAUAUUAAUGAGAAAAUCAAAGAUUUUCAUCAGCUUUUUGAAGAACUAGAGGCUGCUAUAAAUGCAAAAGCUCGAGAUCACAGAGAUCUCACUCAGAAAUUGAUUCUCAUGAGAGGCUCUAUCAAUGAAGAUAUUGCAAAAACUCAUGGUGACGUCAAGAAGCUCGUUGAUCAAGUAACCUUGAGGGUAGACUUUCUCUCAAAUGAGAAAGAUUCUCUUAGCUUCCAUCUGAAUAACCAAAAGAAGUUGCUGAGUGAAAUUGAAACAGAGUCUGAGAAAGUGAGGCAAGAAAUGGAGCAUUUUAAGAGUCUUCUACAGCCCAUACUAACCUCAACUGUAACUAAGAAAGAGUUUCUUAGACAAACUGAGGACAUCAGGAUUGAUAUGAAGUACCUUGUAGGCCAAAUGGGCCGGUUCAAAUAAAGACAUAGACAAGAUUAACCAAGAGCAUAAACAAAAGCUCCAAGAAGGGAUACUUACCCAGCUGAGUAAAAGAGUCGAGCAAGAGAUAUCAGACCAAUUUACAGAAGUCAAGGCUGAAGUACAAAAAAUGUACGAGAACCAGCAAAAACAAGCUCUGCUUAAGAUCGAAAGUAAUGCUCAAGAGCAAAAACAAAAUUUCAAGGAACUGAAAGAGCUCAUUAGGAAGGAAAUCAAUAUGCAUAUUGAGAGAAGCAUGGAAUAUGCUAAAAAAUAACUUCUUAUUUGACUCUGGAAGUGAGAAUGAUCAAGAUAGUGACCAAGAACAGCUAUAUAAAGAUGAUUUUGAAGCAUCCUCGCUAAGAAAAGGAGAAAAUAUUGAUGAGGAAAGCUCACAAAGUGUUCUUUCCAAAUUCAAUUCUAUGACUGGUGAAGCAGAAAUAGAAGUUUCAAAAAUAUCUCAUCCUCAAAAAGACACUUCAACAAAAUUUCACAGCAAAAGAGUAGCUCAUCCGACACCUCAAAGGGCCAACCUUAGUAAUGAAGAUAUCUCUCUCAGUCAAAACAUCUCAUUUCAGUCAAACGCACAAAGUAUCUUUGACAAAAAUUGAACUUCCCAAGACUUUCUCAUAAAAUCAACUCUGACAAACUGUGUUGACCAAAUAGCUUUAAUCAACUCUAAAAUUGAAACACUAAAUCAUCAGUACAGAAAAGCUAAGCUCAUCAUCUCCAAUGUUGCACGCAAGAUCGAAUGUGAUGACAGACUCAGUACAAAAAUUCAGAAAUACCCUAACCUGCUCAAAUCAGCUUUUAUGUCUCACUGCGUCAGAUCUUCAGAAGGAUCUCCUCAGGAGAUCCUUCUGGAGGAUAAGACUCAAGAUGAGCUCAUAGCACAGAUUUCGGCUAGUAUUGUCCAAUCUGAAGAGACUUGCAUCACAAUGUCUAAAAAUGCAACUGAUAAGUUAAAGAUCAUGAUAGAAGCAGUCAAUACAGCCUUAGAGGAACUUCAGCUUGACUUCGAGCACUGGAAAAGGAAGAGAUAUAAAGAAAGAAGAGAGAUCAAAGCAAUAGUUGAAGGAGUCAAAGAGGAUAUUUGGAACAAUAGAAAAGACACAGUAGAUGCCUCUCUUAGUCCAUUCCGUAUUGAUAAAAAUUAAGUAUAUAGCCAAAAGUAUCAUUGAUACACAGGAAGUCAGAGAGAUCUUUGUGAAGACUAAAAAGAAAGCACGUGCUUCUAGGACUAAUCCAACUAGUAGUCUUGGGACGAGGAAUGGGAAGAAUUCGAAGAUUAUCACUGCUCGAGCUAGUGUUCUUGAAAGCUUACGCAAGAUAAAUCCAGCUUUUAUUAACAAAUCUAUAUUGACAUUAAGGAAACUGAAUCUUCGUAAUAGGGCUAGGAAUGCUACGAGUCAAGAACAAAGGCAACGAAGAGAUCUUAGUGCUCUCAAAAACGCUCCAUUGAUCAGAAUGAAGCUUAAUGAUUCCGUUGAGUCAAUGAACAAAACGUUGGCACCUAAUACUGCAUUCGGUUUGUCAACCGAAAGUAUAAGUACCAGAAAUAAGGGAUUUUAGAG